UUUGCUCUUCACUGACCCUUAAAUAUUAAACUGGACGGGACGGAAAGCAGCUGUCGGCUUCAGUAAGACUAACCCAAGUCAACCGAGCCUCAGUUAUGCCUGUGAAAAAGAAAAGAAAGUCAUCCGGAUCCGAAGACCCAAGCAUCAGAAAGUACAAAAUCACCAGUCGCUGUGUCAUCACCUCUUUAAUAUCCAGUUACUGUCGGACACAAACUCCAGGACGGCUGCUUAACACAGAUCACCAGUUCUCUAGCAAGAAAUGUCUCGCCUGGUUUUAUGAAUAUGCAGGGUCAGAUGAUAUCGUCGGCCCGGAGAGCAUGGAGAAGUUCUGUGAGGACAUCGGCGUGGAGCCAGAAAACAUUGUUAUGUUAGUUUUAGCCUGGACACUUGAAGCAACAAAUAUGGGAUUUUUCACCAAAGAAGAGUGGCUGAAAGGAAUGACGUCACUACAUUGCGACUGCACAGAGAGAUUACAGGGCAAGCUGGAUUAUAUGCGCUCUCAGCUGAACGACCCGGUUUUAUUCAAGAACAUUUACAGAUACGCCUUCGACUUCGCCAGGGAUAAAGAUCAGCGCAGUCUUGAUAUAGACACUGCAAAAUCCAUGUUGGCUCUUCUCCUCGGAAGGACGUGGCCUCUGUUCCCAGUUUUCCACCAGUUUCUGGAGCAAUCAAAGUAUAAAGUCGUGAAUAAAGACCAGUGGUACAACGUCCUCGAGUUCAGCCGCACGGUUAACACAGACCUGAGCAACUAUGAUGAAGACGGAGCCUGGCCAGUGAUGCUGGAUGAGUUUGUGGAGUGGAAUAAAGCCAGAAUUGCAUUAUAGCGCAAGCAGACGCUGGAUUCAAGCACAUCAGAGUUUUGUUGUUUUUCGGUGUGUGACCCCAU